CAGCACUGAGGGUCCCUAUUGGACAGCUGUCAUUCAACGUCUCGUUCUCAUUGGUCCCUCCGCUUCACCGGCGCCCGCCUAUUGGAGGCUUGGAAACGCCCCUCCGCAUGAAACACCUUUUCCUGUUGGGCAAGGACACAAAACGCCGCAGGAGGAUUGGCUCCUGCACCUUUUUUUUUCCCAUUGGCUGCGGCCGUAUCUCGGCGUUUAAUUUCACAGCGAGGGUUCUACAGAGGAGAGCUUGCGAUUGGUGCAGUCGGAAGAAGAGCCAACCAAUUACACAAAAGCUUCCACAAACAGCAAAGGGGACGUGACACGCCUUUCCUCUGACUUCCCCUCCACUUCGCUCCCGCCUUCCCCUUAUUCGUACAAGAAGCGCCUCAUUCCUGAUUGGCCCGAGCUUCGUGCUGCUUCAGCCAAUCACAAGCCAGACUGUGCUCCCGGCACUGCACAGAGAGCGAAUUGUGGAAAGACCAAGGCUACGAUUGGUCCCUCCGCGAUAAGGUUUUAAUUUUGAAUUUUCCUUUAUGGCAAAGGAGAGGCCUCUGACGUGACUCCAUCGUAUCCCCGGACUCUUAAGACUAAAACCAUGCCCAAAUUCAAGCAGCGAAGAAGAAAGCUAAAAGCCAAAGCGAAAAGAUUAUUCAAAAGAAAAGAAGCCUCUCACUUCCAGUCUAAGCUAGUUACACCUCCUCCUCCGCCACCCUCACCAGAAAGAGCGGUUAUUCCUUCAACAGAUAUACCUAUUAGCAGAAGCUGGCUAAGACUCUCCUGGAACUUCAGAUUUCCCAGUUUUACAAAUGCAAUAAAGCUUUUGACAAAUAGAGUAUGGUCUAUAUACAGCUGGUGCCAGAGCUGCAUGACCCAGAGUUUCGAAGUUUUAAAAAACACCGUCUUUCCAUCCCGUCUCUGCCACCGAGAACUUCGUACUCUAAAACAACGGUUUUGCGUUUUGGAAAAUGAAGUAUGCAAGCUCCAAGAAGCCCUGAAGGCCAUCUCAGAAAAUUCCUCCUGUCCCAGCUGUGGUCAAGCGUGUCACACGGGUGGUGAGCGUCCAGACGUGCCCGCCUGUGCUCUAGCCAGCCCUGCAGACUCCGCAGCUCUCCGUCCUCCCUCCCCAGCGCAGCCCGCCAGUCGCCCUCCGCCCCCUCCCCCUCCGCCCCCUCCUCCUCCUCCUCCUCCUCUGCCUCCUCCCCCACCACCGACAGCGCCGUUGCUGCUCAGAAAACCUGCUCUCACGAAAGCACUUCAGGCUGGACCAUUAAAAAAAAAUGGACCCAUGCAGAUAACAGUUAAAGAUCUACUGACUGUGAAAUUAAAGAAGACACAGAGUUUGGAUGAAAGGAGGAAGCUUGUACCAUCACCAAAGGCACAGAAGGCACUGGUUACUAUCUCUGACCUGCAGCGCGUUGCCCUGAAACCAAAGUCCAAAGUGUUAUCAACUCGAGUUACAAAUGUCUUAAUUACUCCUGGUAAAAGUCAGUUAGAUCUACGGAAACUACUUAGAAAAGUCGAUGUGGAGAGGAGCCCAGGUGGAACCCCACUUACUAAUAAAGAAAAUGUGGAAACAGGAACUGGGCUGACCCCGGUGAUGACCCAGGCCUUGAAGAGAAAAUUCCACUGCAGAACAUCUACACUGCCUAAAGCCUCUUGUCUACAUUGUAAGCAAGAUAAGAAGGGGAAAGAUCAAAAAGAUAUCCUAGCUAAACUGCCCUUCAUCUCUUUAAACAGGUGAUAUGCAGGAACUUUGAUUAUAUCAGGGAACUUGGAAAAAGUGAUUUUUAGAAUCUGGCCGCAUUGCUGCCUUGCAUAAAAUCUGGGUUCUGAUAGCGAGAAAGGAGAGCUAUGCUGGCCACAAGAACAUAAUUCAUAUUAUAAUUGGGACUUCU